UCUAUCAACACUGAUGAGUAUAAUGUAGAAAAUUCUUGGAGGAGUCAUGUAAUCUAGUGACAAGCAAUUAGCAUUCUCGGCGAAAAUAGCAUCUUCACGUGAGCUGCUAAAUAAAGGUAUAAAAGUCGUAAAUAUGUCUCAAGGCACUUCUCUGCUGCCAAAGGACAAAGGACCUUCUGAAGAUAAUUUAAAGGCCGUGGGCACAAAACGGCUGCAUACUGAUGCUUCUUCAAGCCCCGUUUAUCAUAAUGUUUAUGUAAGACGAAAAGUAGAAACUGAACAUAGUAAGGUGAACUCUUCUCAGGAGUUGAAGGGUAAUGGAAGAGGCAAAACAAAAGAGCAUGAAGAACAGCGAAAUGUGGAAACUGAACAUAGUAAAGUGAACUCUUCUCAGGAAUUGAAGGGUAAUGGAAGAGACAAAACAAAAGAGCAUGAAGAACAGCAAAAUGUGGAAACUGAACAUAGUAAAGUGAGCUCUUCUCAGGAGUUGAAGGUUAAUGGAAGAGAGCAGAAGGAAACUGGACAUAGUCAAGUGAACUCUUGUCAAGAGUUGAAGGAUAAUGGAAGCGAGAAAACAAAAGAGCAUGAAGAACAAAAAAAGGUGGAAACUGAACAUAGUAAAGUGAACUCCUCUCAGGAGUUGAAGGGUAAUGGAAGAGACAAAACAAAAGAGCAUGAAGAACAGCAAAAUGUGGAAACUGAACAUAGUAAAGUGAGCUCUUCUCAGGAGUUGAAGGUUAAUGAGAGAGACAAAACAAAAGAGCAGAAGGAAACUGAGCAUAGUCAAGUGAACUCUUGUCAAGAGUUGAAGUAUAAUGGAAGCGGGAAAACAAAAGAGCAGGAUGAACGGCGGGUGCAACAUGAUCAUAUCAAUAAGCCUGAAGUUCCACCUCCUAUUGCUGAAUCUGGAAUAAAAGAGGAGGUGGAGCGGCAAAUGGUGCAACAUGGUCAGCUCAAUAGGCCAGAAGUGGCACCUCAUAUUGCUGAAUCUGGAACAAAACAGCAGGAAGAACGGCAAGGUGUGCAAAAUGAGCAGAUCAAUAAGCCAGAACUGCCACCUCCUAUUGCUGAAUCUGGAAUAAAAGAGAAGGAGGAAUGUCAAAGGGUGCAACAUGACCAGAUCAAAAGGCCAGAACUGCCACCUCCUAUUACUGAACCUGUAGGGCUAGUGCCAUCUGAAAUGGCAUCUCCCAUUGCCGAACCUCUAGGGCCAGUGCCAUCUGAAUCCCCUGAAAAAACAAAUGCAGAAACUGCACCCGAGGAAAAUGAACCUCCAGUUAUUUCUGCUAAUGAGCCACUGGUUACUCCUGGUACCACUGUUGAAGGUGAUAUCCAUAGGUCAGGCAACCAAAAUCCAUACUGGAGCGAGAGAUAUAUUCGGUUACAGACAUAUUUGGAGAACUGUGACCGGUCACCCCAGGAGGGUUAUAUGCAAAUGCUUAGGUCACUCUCAGCAGCUGGUCGGAGCUUGCAUGCAAUUGAGCUGGAGAAAAGGGCAAUCCACCUCCUAGUGGGGGAAGGAAAGUGCAUUGUGUGGCACACUCUUAACACUAUAUCGCAGGUAAGGAGCUGCAACGGAUGAAGUCUUUGAAUGUUCUGGGGAAAUCUCCUCCAAAUGGUUCGUCGAAGCAGGCUCCCUUGCAGCGGUAGUGGUAGAACUGAGAUGCCUGAAGAAAUCUGUAGAGCUAAGUAAGAUGUGCUCAGUGCUCAUGUAAACAUUGCAGAAAGGACAUGUUCUGCUGAUGUAAUAACUUUUUUUUUUCUUCUGUCAUAUAAGGGUUCUCCUUUGACGUGCAAUUCAUUUUUUCCUCUUACCUACUCACAAUUGUGCUGUGGGUUUGUUGUAAUAUGAUGUAAUUAUAUGAGUAACUUGUCAAGGUCUAACUGUUUAUACUUUAU